UUAAAACGUUCAACCUAAAUUAAACAUAUUGAUGAUCACUUGAAUUAAUAAACAAAUAUUAUUGUUACAUCUGAUUUUUACUUUUAUUUGUUAUGAAAAUCUGAAGUUAUAAUUUUGUUAGUUUUGAGUCUAUUUCUUUUUUUUAACUUAUUACUGGGCUAACAAAAACUGGUUUAUCAAAUGGCUGAGAAUUUGAGAAUUACGGAUCAUGGAGGAAGUGGUGAUUUCUUUGUGAACGACCACCUCAGGCAUCCAUUAAAUUUGCAUUCCGAAGAGCACUAUGGAUUUCGAAUGGAGACAAUUCUACCAGGAGUGGUCGUUUACACCGAAGAUGACGAUGGUGUGGCAAGACUAACUGAAGGCUUUGGCAGACUCAGUUUGAAUCUCGGUGAUAGCGAGCCUGUAACUUCUGACGAUGAAGAACCAAGCACAAGUAAGCAGGAAAACAAAGAAAGCGCGACAAAAUCUGAGGUCAAUGAAAAAGUAUCAAAUACCUUAGAUACUAGCGCAGAUUAAUUGGCCGGUUUAAUAAUGUAAUCCCAUUAAAAUUAUUUGAAAUGUA